CCAUUUAAGGGCUGACUGUGACUGGGGAAGGAUCUCUGGUUGGAGAUCUCUCCUUUGUGGAGUUUUCCCUACAAGCUUAGCUCUUCAGAGGUGGGUGAGUACUUUACCUUUCCCUUUGUAGCACCUUUCCAUCACGUUAGUCCCUUUGUCAUUAUGCCUCCUGUAUCAGUAUUCCAUCGCGUUGAUCUUUUUGAUUGUUAUUUUUUUGCCACUCCUAUUAAUUGGCAGAGUGAUUACAGUGAUGACAAAAGCUCACUUCCAACGGCACAGAGACACAUCCAGAUGUGAGCUUCUAAUCACCACCAAGGAAGUACCCAGAAGAUGCUGGGUAUCAAAAUCAACUUGAAAUCACGCUUGAAACCCGUAGGAAUUGCGCUUUGAGCAAGAAGCGGUUUGCGCUGGCAUGCGAUCCAGAGGAAGAGGCUCUGCUGCGCAGCCGGACACAGCACAGCAGUGGGCGGUAGCUGCUACCCUGCUGCCUCCUUCCCACCGCCCGCCGCGCCGUGCAGCGGGGCCAGCGCGCUCCCUGCCCGCGGGCGCUUGCGUUCUGUCCAUAAAUGUGGACCUUUGAGGAACAAUCCAGAAAGCUAACACAUUUAUAUCUUUCACCUGGCAAUUUUUUGCACCUCGACUUCAGCUCCAUCUCUACUGCGCAACAGAACGUGGAAAACUUGUCAUCCACCCCAGUGAAGUAGAUGCUCUCUUCCAAAAUGUCUUUUCAAGCCCUGUUUUUGAGUCUGGUUUGUGUUGUGCUUGGAAAGGCAAAAGUGAUUACGCAUUUUGAGCAAAGAGCGGUGAAGGUGGGCGACAGCGUGACUCUCAGUUGUGCCCUGACAGAGCCUGAGAACAUCGUGCAAGUGACAUGGCAGAAAGACUCUGUAAAAUCACAAAGUAACAUAGGUACAUACAGCAAGUCAGCAGGAUUAAAGAUUCAGGAGCCCUACCAAGACCGGAUGAAUUUCACCAGCCUGAUGCUCGACAACACAAGCAUCACCUUCUGGAGUGCGAAUAUAGAUGACACAGGGUGUUACUUGUGCUUGUUCAACACUUUCCCUUUAGGCUCCUUUUCGGGACGUUCUUGCCUUGAAGUCUAUGGUCUCAAUGGAUCUAUCCAUUACAACAUUUCAGAAGGUCAUCUGACAGUCACCUGUAAUGCUGUUGGCCUACCAGAGCCCACCAUCAGCUGGAACAGUGUAUUCAAUUAUACUUCUACACAGGAGAAAUUCACGUAUGACAAUGGGGUUGUAUCCAUCACCAGUCAACUGAAGGUCUAUGACUCUCAGUACAUCAGCAAGGAGGACUUGAUCUGCAGAGUAAGCAACGAAAAUGAAGAAAUGGAAUUGCCCAUAAGUAUGAAAAAAAAAGAGGGAUUCAGGUUCUUGGGUCUGGCUAUUGCUGUGACUCUUUCACUUGUCAUCUUGGUCCUGGUUCUCACUGCACUGCGUUGGAGGAAGAAGAUAUGUAAGAGGAGCUGAAAUGGAUUGCAGAGGAUUUCCGUUCAUCUCCUGGAUCGUUACAGCCUAGCAUCAUGAAGUCAACACUAAAAGCAGAGACUUGCAUGACUGGAAGGUAGCAGCAGUAAAAGGGAAACACAUCAGGACCAAAGCUCUGAGCUCUCUAGUCAGCGUCUUCGUUGCUGAAAGACUAGCACAAUGUUUGAUUUCUGAUCUAAAGACUACAUCAAGAGGAAGAGGACCAGAGGGAAUGCGUAGUCCUCUCUUCUGCUGCCAGACAAUAUCUGCUCUGCUUAUGCCAUUCCUGGUACAGCUAGUCUGCAAAUGUAUUUGCCUUCUUCCUAUGGAAGCUGUGAGCAAUCUGGGGGUCCUCUUCCAAUGCAUAACUACUCUCAGUAAAGAGCUGGGGGGAUUAUUUUACUAAUAGCUUUCUGCAUUGUUAUGUUUUGCAACUCAGCAAUUCAUCAUUUUCUUCCUGUCAUCUCCUUUUCUUCUUUCUUACCUAGCUAAUGCAGUUCCUUCCUCUUCGCUGAAAGUGUCAACAGUCAGUAUUUCUGAGCUACCUGUAGAGAUAUCUGCUGCUGGAGGUCUCAAACCACACCAAAUCUGCCAAAAUUACUGGUAAAAGGUCAGUAGGAUUCCCAUCAGGUGACGGAUUAAAGGCACUGGUUUGGUGCCUUUCAUGGUGGGGAAAGAGGUGUUUUCAGUAAUUUAUUUUAUAUGGCUUUCUUUCAAAUCCUGUUUUGAUUUGUUUGUUAGUUAUUUGAUUAUUUAAUAUGUAAAUGAGAAGAAGACUGAUAUAAAGCUCAGUAGUGGAACUACUGUCAUACCCUCCUUUACAUCUGCUUUGCUGUCAUUCUCUCUCUCCCUACUUGUGCAGUGCUGUUAAUACCCCAGCCUGUUCCUUGCUUAGUUGUCAAAAAGCAUGGGCUGGCCUUCUAGAUCAUCCUUGUGGUCAUCUGAUACACUGUUCCAUCCCUUAUAUCCAUCUAUUCUUAUUGCUUGUAUUUGAGCAAAGACAAAUUGUUCUGUUGGCCAAAGGCAAUUAUUUCAUACCUAGACUUUGUCAUAUGCAAUCCUAUACCCCAAACUCUAACCUUGCUACAGCACUGUGGAUUUAACAGGAUCAAUGGAAAGUUUUACAGAAGCUGAAUUUGCUGCUCUGCUAUGAUUUUGAUGGCAGAAGAAAGCGUUGUGCUCCUCUUAGAAACUGAGACCUGACUGUUUCUGCUGCAGAUGGAAUUGGAGCCUCUACAGUUCUUUUCCCUUUUCCCUUCUGAUUGCCAACCUGUGUCUGCAGGUCUGAUCAUUUCCAGGCUUGCUCCCAUGUUUGCCUGUCUUGUUUCCUCUCACUGCUGCAGUGUGGCUCUGGGAGCAUUUAACUCCCUGCAUUGCCUUGCACCCACCUGAUUUGCAGAGUGUCAGCACUUAGGAAUGCCUCUGCCUCCCUGGGCCUGUCAUGUACCUCUGGCUGUACCAACUUCACGGACCGUGUCUCUGAAAGAAUGGAUAGAUGCAGGGACUGCAGGGGUCCUCUGUUAAUUUCUGCUCUACUGAUGAGCACUGAUGUUUAAGGUCUUGCUCAGUCUUUGUUCCGUCUUAAUAUUUGUCAGCUCCUUGGGAUCGCUGCUAGUCUCUUGGGUUUAAGUAGUGUUUGUGCAUCUGAACUGCUCCAUCUCAUGAGGCACAUACAGGUUAGGACUGUGCUUCCUCACAUGCGUGUGGAAUGGUUGGAGCUGGAAGGCUCUGGAGGUGUCUGGCACAAAUCUUACCCAAGCACACAAGCCAGCUAAAAAGUCAACAGAGAAGUUUAGCAGGAGCUAAGUUGUAUGUUUCAGAACAGAGUUAUUUGUUCUGUAGAAGUCAGCCAGAAUAAUGACUUACAGAGUGGCUGCCACUCUAGGACCAAAAAAAGGUGUGUGGUUAUAUCUGUGUGCAUGAGUGUUGAUGUUGACAAGUUGCUGUGCAGGUGCAGUAUGAGUUAUUUAUCUGUAUAAAUAACUCCAAUAAAUGUACUUUUCUUGGUUAAAAAAAAAUACUUGAUCCAGUUCAAACACCAACUGCUCCAUAAUUUUCUGCUUAUAGAUUUGCAGUACCUGAAAUGCUUUGUUCUAAAUCCUGGAUCUGCUCAGGUGUUGCUUGGCUCACCAGUUGGGUUGAGCUGUGCUCAUGGUGUGGGGUAGGAACUAAGCAAUUGGGGCUGCAGGGUUAAAUGAUCUUAGGGAAACUAGACUAGCCACCCUGCACUUCACAAAAGUUAACAAAUGCAGAACAGCAGCCUUCCUGAGGUGAACCCCAAGGUUGUAUAUAAGAUGCUUUUUAUGGCUGACAGUCCAUUUCUCAGAACCUUUUGAGACAUCUGCUUUUAUUCUGAAACCACAAUGAAUGUAAUUCCUCCAGCUGCGUCCUCUCUUUGUGUGCAUGCUAAACGAUGCUACUAUUCUGAGUCUUCAGUUGUGCUAACUGAAGGGACAGGAAGGAGCAGGGCUGUGCCAGAGAUAACAGUGUCCGUGUGUGACUGCGAUGAUGGGAACAGUAAAACCUUAGCAGGCAGAGCUUGGCUCCUAGGAAAGAGAGUUUGUGAAAGGAAAGUAUCACAUUUGUUGAGAGUACUGGAUUUUUAUUCUUCUUGUUCUUGCACUGACCACCAGUUCAACAUCAGGCCAGCUACUUGAGGUACACCUGCAUUUUGCCUGUAUCCUAACAUCGUUUUUCACCGAUCCAUGAAUUUUUACUUCUGCCUAACAUAGUUCCGUUUUCCAAGUCUGAAAAUACACGUUCUAAAUGCUUCCAUGUAUCUUCUUCCCUGUACUGUAGUCCCAUGUGCUGAUUAAUUGAAAUGCCAUUUGCUUUGCUAGUAGCUAUCCUUAUCAUUGUUCAGCAUAACAAGAUGUUAUGCUGAACAGGAGGAAAUGCAGGAUAAUUUUAGAAGCUAAGAGGAUGUGUAGUUGGUUUUGUGUGUGUGUGUGUGUGUCUGGAUUUCUUUUUCUUAAGAUAGGCUGAUGUUAGCAGGAAAAUUGUGCACAUUCUUGCUCAGUGCCAUUGAUGAGAAGUGCUCAGAAGAGCUGUUGAGCUGAAAGAUCUUAAUGCGAAUUUAUAACAUUGUAUUUAGAGAGCCAUGUUCACUUCCUGCGCAUGGACAGACAGGCCAUGGCUGUCCCCUCUUAGGGACCUUGUGCCACUUUUUAUUCUGAGCGAGAUGUUACUAUUUCCAAGGCUUUAAUCUCAUGCAUCAGUCAAACAUCAGUCUUCUGCAGAUCUUUCUGUACAGGUAACAACGUAAUGACUCACUGGUGUGUUGGAAGAAACUCACUUUGCUGGUUUUCCAGCAGUUGGAAACUCUAGAGUGGUGUUAGUGCCUCCUGGCACCAAGUAGUUCUGCCUGUGAGAAGGAAGCAUGACCCCCUGAAUGUGCUGAACCGAGGGGUAAAGAGCAGGCUGGUAGCCCACACUGCUAAUCAGAGUUUCCUUAAGGAAAUGGCGGAGUUGGAUUUCCUUGUUAAUUGCAGUUUAGUAAAUCAUUUCUGGAAAACAAUGUAUUUCAAUGCGGUAGUUUGACUUUUUUUUU